AUGGCUCCACUGCCGUCCGCAGCAAUGGCCACGCCCAACGUGGCAUCUAUCGCUGCCACCACCGCUGCCGCUCAGCCGUCCGACGACGCGGCCGACAAGGUCGAGUGCGGCUACGCCGUGAUGCCCACGACCCCCAAGGCCAUGCCGUUCGCCGCCCUCGCCUCCAGCGGCGCAAAGCCGCAGGGCCUGGCCCGCUUCGCCGUGCAGAGCGUGCACGUGCGCGAGUGCUUCGCCGAGUUCCUCGGCACCUUCGUCAUGAUCGUCUUCGGCAUGGGCGUCAACAACCAAGUGACCAACUCGCAGGACGCCAACGGCACGUGGCUCAGCAUCAACAUGUGCUGGGGCAUCGGCGUGCUCAUCGGCGUGUACUGCUCCGAGGGCAUCAGCGGCGCCAACCUCAACACGGCUGUGACGUUGGCGCACUGCGUCUACGGCCGCCUGCCGUGGUGGAAGGCGCCGGGCUACAUGCUGUCGCAGCUGCUGGGCGCCUUCUGCGGCGCCUUCGUCAUCUACGUCAUGCAGUACCAGAACCUCAACGUCAUCGACCCGCAGCGCGAGACUACGCAGAGCAGCUUCGCCACGUACCCUAGCGACACCAUCUCCAACUACACGGCCUUCUACACGGAGUUCGUGGGCACGGCCAUGCUGGUGCUCAGCAUCUACGCCAUCACGGACAAGCGCAACCGCGCGGCCGGCCCCGUGGGCGCACCCUUCGCCUUCGCCCUCAUGAUCAUGGCGCUCGGCAUGGCCUUCGGCAUGAACACGGGCUACGCCGUCAACCCGGCGCGCGACCUAGGUCCUCGCAUCUUCACGGCCAUCGCCGGCUGGGGAUCGAAGGUCUUCACGACGCGCAACUACUACUUCUGGAUCCCACUCGUGGCCGAUUCUCUGGGCGGCGUGUGCGGCGCGGGUCUGUACCGCGCGUUGGUGGAGAUCCACCACCCGCAGCCGCAGUCUCCGCUGCUGUAGAGCGAGACUGGAACGGAGAAUGGCCACUCCUCUGAAGGGUCCCUAGAACUGAGUGUAUUAUAGAAGUCAAGGAAUAAAUUAUCGUAUCUACUGGUCC